GUAAAAAGUGAGCUCCUCGGACGCACGACAACACACCAAGUGAAGUGGAAAGCGGCUCCUGUUCUGCUCCUUAUCCCAUUUCGGACCCUGCGCACACGGCGGCUGUGCUUCAGACUGCGGCCGGACGCAACCAGAAGGAAGUCCAACUUUUACACUGUCACGUCUUUGGCUUGUGCGUCAAGUUUUCAGAAAUAACGGACUAAGUUUAACUCAUGACGGCAGAGGUCCAGCAGCCCCCAGCGCAGACUCCUGCCCAGAGCAGCCCCAUGUCUGCCCCAGAGAAGCCUCACGGACAGACGGCAGUGAUGGAAACCGCGUCCUCCACUACGAAAACCAAAAAGACAAACGCGGGAAUCCGUCGACCAGAGAAACCCCCGUAUUCAUACAUAGCUCUGAUAGUCAUGGCUAUCCAGAGCUCUCCAACCAAGCGCCUGACGCUCAGUGAAAUAUACCAGUUCCUUCAGAGCCGCUUCCCGUUUUUCAGGGGCUCAUACCAAGGAUGGAAGAACUCUGUGCGUCACAACUUGUCCCUCAACGAGUGCUUCAUAAAGCUGCCCAAGGGCCUCGGUCGGCCAGGGAAGGGCCACUACUGGACUAUCGACCCGGCUAGUGAGUUCAUGUUCGAGGAGGGCUCCUUUAGAAGAAGGCCCCGGGGCUUUAGGCGCAAGUGCCAGGCGCUGAAGCCCAUGUACAGCAUGAUGAACGGCCUGGGAUUCAACCACAUCCCCGAGUCCUACAACUUCCAGGGUGGCGGCGGGGGCCUGUCCUGUCCACCCAACAGCUUGUCACUGGACAGUGGGAUUGGGAUGAUGAAUGGACACUUGGCAGGUAACAUGGAAGGAAUGGGUCUGUCCGGGCACUCCAUGUCACACUUGUCGACUAACAGUGGACAUUCUUACAUGGGAAGUUGUACAGGAUCCACUGGGAGUGAUUACCCCCACCACGACAAUUCCGCCUCCCCUCUACUCACCAGCGGAGGAGUAAUGGAGCCUCACCCCGUUUACUCCAGCUCAGCCUCUGCGUGGGCCCCGGCCCCCUCGGCUUCACUGAAUAAUGGGGCUUCCUACAUAAAACAGCAGCCUCUGUCUCCUUGUAAUCCGGGGGCCAACCCACUGCAGCCCAGCUUGCCCACGCAUUCACUUGAUCAAUCUUACCUGCACCAGAACGGCCACAGUACCACAGAUUUACAAGGUAUUCCUCGGUACCAUUCCCAGUCCCCCAGCAUGUGCGACCGAAAGGAGUUCGUCUUCUCGUUUAACGCCAUGACAUCCUCAGCGAUGCACUCCCCGAGCAGCGGCUCCUACUACCACCACCAACAGGUCUCCUACCAGGACAUCAAGCCCUGCGUCAUGUGAUCCCACCGUGGACCGGCUGCGGACGGAGGGAACGGUAUCACAGACAUGAGCCAUGCAGCAAAACGAACUGAGAACCGAGAACAAACGAAUAAAAAUAACCACUGAGAGACAAAGGCAUGCCCCAGCCAAUGGAAAGUGCUCACUGCUUCAAGUAGAUCGGACUACUUUACGCACCGACAAAGUCACGGAGACAGGCCAAAUCAUAUAGCAACUACAUGAUAUAAAAAAUAAUAAUAAUAUUAAUAAUAACAUUUUCAUGUCAUGUCGACUAGCGGGGUAAAGACUGGUGGCACGAAACCCUGCUGCUGUUUGGUACUUAGUCCUGCAGAGCGGAUGACUACCACUUCACACUUUUUGUUCAUGUUUAUUCUUCUUGUUAAUAGGCCAAUGUAAAAAUGCACAAUUCCAUUUCUUCUCCUGAAAUGUUAAUUUUCUUUCUUUCUUUCUUUCUUUUUUUUUUUUGUUCUUUUUUUUUAUUGACAAAUUAGACUGAGGCUCUUUUUCGGAUUUACGAAAUGAACAAUUAUGGACAUCACAUAUACAUAUUACGUCCAUACAGACUCUGUAAAAAAAACGAUGAAGGCACUUUUUGAAUAGCCUAUAAGCGCAACUUUUUAUUUAUUCUGUAGGCAUACAUAUUUUAAUUUUAGGCGAAUUGGCAAAGGAGGUAUGCUUUAUUGGCAAUAUUUGUCAGAACGCUUAUUAUAUUGUUUUAAAAUGAGAAUUGAGAAUAUAUUGUAAGCACUGUUGUCAUUUGUGUUAGAUAUACUGUAUGUAUGUAGACCAUUACUUUCAGCACUGUAUACUUAUAUACUGUUAGGAAAAUGAGCGAGGGUCCACCAGUGAGGACUAACCCUUAGGCUAUAUUACAACAAUUCAUUAAUUCAAGAAAUAAAAUAUAUCUGUUGGGUUGUUUGAGCCCAAAUCCACCAAAACAUUACAUAUUUCGAUUUUAUUACAUGUCUGUAAUUCUUGGAGAAAAUAAGGGGGACAUAAAAAUGCGCAUUUCUGAAACAUUAAUGUGUGUAGAAAUUUAACACUUUGGUUCAUACAUUAAUAGAUCUGUAAAAGGUUAUUUGUUGAAUGCUUCAUCCUCUGGUAAAACAGAGCAGAAAAUUCACCUAAGGGUCAUGAUUUUAUAAAAGCUCCAGUCUAUAAAAGUUUCAGUGUAAUAUUGAGGACGGGUAGCCUAGUGAUGCUUUCACUUGGCAAGAGGUUUAGAGGCCAUGCCUGCUUCUAAAACCUUUAAAAGGAACAAAUCUGAUUUUCUAUGAAACAAAGAGAAUCUGAUGUAGAAUUGAAAUAAAUGCUUUUUAAAGUUAGUGUGCCAUGCUUUCAUAUGUAACAAGAGCGUGCGCAAUUAAGGCGUAACAAAUCACAGACAGAAAUCUCAGGCGCCUCACAGGUUACACCAGUGAAAAUAUGCAGUUGUACUUUUACUCUGGUACAUUUUCCAAAGAAUAUUUCUGCAAUGACAAUAAAUGGUGCUGUUCUAAAUUAAUCUUUAUUAAUUGUGUAAUUUAUAGUUCAGGAGUGUCAAAAUUCCAUACACUUCUACGACCAAACGUGGUUUUGUGUGUUAAGAGUCCCUGAUAAAGGACAAAAAAUAAAACAUGAUUUAACAGGUUACUGGUAAAAUGAAGGAGAGACCAUAUAAACUUCUUUAAGAUUCCAAACAUACUACUAUUUUUUUUUUUAACAAAAUACAAAAUAAAUUUGCAGACAAAUCAUUACUUAAAUUCCUUAAUUUGCCAUAAAGUAAAAAAUAAUUUCCCACAAAAACUUUGUAAAAAAGCAGUAUGAGUAAAUACACUGUUGCCCAUAAAGCUGGAAAAAAUUGUUUUAGGACAUUUCUUUUUAUUCCUAUUUAUACACAUCAGUAAUCACCUUUGACCAUGUAUGAUUACAUCCUGAGUCCCAGUUACACUUUAUCUAUCAAAAAUAAAUCACAUUGUCAGUCAAUUAGUGAGAAGAGGUAAAAAAUAUUUUCUUCCAACUUUAUGGGCAACAAUGUAUUUUCUAUGAAUCGUGUGUUCAUAAAACUAUAGAGGAUUAAACAUUCAUAACUACAGCACACUUUGUCAGCUUUAUCUAAGCUAUAUAUUGUACUUUUGCUGUUUAGAGUUCUGAAGGAAACAGUGGGCGACCACCAGUAACUGUUUCUCAUUUAUUUAACACAAUACAUAUCUACAAUGUUACAUUGAAAAAGAAUGCAGUGCCAUGUAUAGAAGACUUCUGUCUGUGGCUAAUGUACAGACUGUGUCCAAAAGGACCUGUUUAGUUCAUCAACAUCAUCCACUCAGGUUUUGUGCCCUAAUUCACACUUUCCUAUAAGACAUUAAAUUUUAAUUUAAUUUGCAUUAGUGUUAAUUUUAUUUUGUGAGUAAUGCUGUUGAGGUUUGUGUUCAAACAUACAUCAGGCUGUAAGCUGUUCUGUCUUUAAUACUUGUGUAGCGUUACUAUCUCACAAUGUGACCACUGACUGAACCCACAAGAAAUGAGCGUGCCAUUUAGCACAGGGGUGGCAGCUCAGAGCAGCAGCAGCACAAACCGAUGACAUUUGCUGAGUUUCAGUUCUCUGGCGGGGCUGAGGGAAUGAGAUGGGGCUCCACAGCUGUUCCCUGGCCAGGCCUGGAUGACAGCUCCAUAAAAAGCCUGAGGCCUGCUCUGUGCAGACAGACAUGCUGCGUGCUUGUUCCUCAACACAAUCAGGAGUUCAGUAAAAACAGGUCGCUGUUCUGGAACAGCAGAAUGACACAAGGAUAACAGGUAAUGGGCAAUGUCAAAGAAAAUACACAAAGAUCUGACUAUAUAACACAGAACAAGGGGCAGAAAAUGUAAUCAUUUGGUGCUGGUGUCUGUGGCUUCAGCACAUAUUAUAUUUGUACAUUUCAUUUUGUAUUAUUUUCUCAGUCAGGGGACAAACCAGUAACACAGCAUCUUUUACAAUGUACCCUACAACAAGGCAGCAGUAAAUCAAACAAAAAAAAGUCAUCGUAAUGCGUGUAAUCUGAGAUAACAUUGCAAGGAUUCAACUUUCCUUAAACUCAGUUCUGUAGCAGGUUACAAAACAAACUUCAAGAUUUCUUUCUUUGAAAGUCACCCCACACUGCAAUUUGUGUCAAAAUUCAAUUGGAGAUGGCAUUUAACUUAUAAUUGUUACUUCUUAGUUGGUGUAAUAAUGCCAACUACAUGCUUUGAAGGUACUGUGACAUGUGAAACUAUGGAGUGAAAGCUGUGGUUUUUUAUGUAUAUCAUCUGGAUCCAAAAAUGCAAAAUUAAACAACAGAAAUUAUCUUGCUGCUGCUAUUGUUAAGACGUAUCUUCCACCAAAAAAAAAAAAAAAAAAAAAAAAAA